AUUCGAGGGUUAAUUAAGACCUCUGGUCGCGCGUGGUUAGUGUCCGAGAUCGGACGGCGUUCCCCAACUCGGCUGCUCGUUCAUCUGUUUAUAUGUUUAUCUAUUCUGGCCAAUCGCCUCGAGUCGGACCCUCGUUUCGUCCGGAUUCAACUCGGACCGACGACGGCCUGGCGGCGACCACGAGCAGCGCAAUAAACUCUACUUUCAAACGGUGGCAAACCGAGCUUGGUGUAAUUACUGGUAUAUAGAUGUAUAUAGGUGCGCGUACAUACCGCGUUGCGCCGUCGAGAGAGACGGAGAGAGCGAGAGAGAGAGAAAGAGCGAGCGGCCCGUCGAGGAGUAAUUGGGGGAUAAGCGCGAUUGGCCCAAGUGCAAGGGGUGCUGGGCAAUUGGUCGUUCGGCGGGUAUGCCAUGUAUAUAGGGAGAGGGGGAGAGAAACGAUCGGCCGGGUCAAAUGCACCACGAAUUAAUCAAACCUUGGUGAAAUUGGAUGAGAGAAAAAAAAAACAAAAAAAAAAAUAAAAUAAACUAUCUUCACAUACGUUUGUAGUUAUAGUUCUUAGUUUUCAAUUAUUGUUAAAACUGACAUGACAUUCGUUUCCAUGCGAACGGAAUAAACAAAUUUACAGGAAAAGAAGGGGUGACAAAUGAUUAACUAUUCCGACUUUCUGGCCGUCGCAGUGGCUUCCGAACUGUACCGUGCACAUACGUUAUCUGAACUCCGAGAUCGGAAAGGCGAGGAACGCGAGGCUAUUCCUUCUGACAUUACGAAGCUGCGACCUGAUUCUAUCGUCAGUGAUUCAACGCGACGCUCUACGAUGGCUUCGGUGAUGAUGGGUCUGCGACGAAGAGUGCCCGUGAACAACGGUUGCUCGACAACGAACGGCGGCAUAUCCUCGGCCUCAACAUCCUCCAACAAGCGCUCGAGGACGGAGAACAACAACAGUCCGUCCCAUGGGAAUCUGAACUCGUUAACGGGCGGGCAGGGCGAACCUCCGGCGAAGAAGUCGCGCUCGACGGGUUCCGGAUCGACGAGGAACUCUGCUCCCGGGGCCUCCGAGGCCUUGGGGACCAAGAGCCGUGGCGGCUCGGGGCGUGGAGGGUCCGUCUCGAAGAGCGAGGGCCCCUCGAAGGCCGCGGGCCAAUCGGGCCCCGCGAAUUGGCCCGUGCCCAGAUCGAGCUUCUCGUCUGUAGCGGCGCUGCCUCUGGCUACGGGACAGCCGACGAUGAGCGGCGGCGGUAAUUCCUCCUCGUCUUCUCUCGGCGCCGGAAGCGCCAUUCCGUACAUGACACCGUCGGUGACGCCGUCCGUUGCUACGUUCGUUGGCAACGCGACGAAUUUGAACAAAAACACCGCAGUGUCGUAUCUCGAUAUCUCGAACAUGACGAGCGCCGGCGGUGGCAGCAUCGGAUCAACGGCCAACGCGGCAUUCGCCAGUCCAAACAACGCUCACUCGCCGGCCAAGAACGCGAGCGGCAUAUUCAGGGUCGGUAUAGGCAAGGAAGGGCCCGCCAAGAAGUUCCAGAACGAUACCAUGUUCAACGCCUAUCAGCCUUGGGUCAUCAAGACCUACGGCGAUCUCGCAAAGACCAAAACUAUCACGAUUAAAAAGUACGCCAGGAUUCUUCGCACUCUCAGAGGCGAGGAGGCCAACAGCGCGGAAAAUAGCAAGUUCAGGUUCUGGGUCAAGAGCAAGGGCUUUCACAUCGGACAGCCCGAUGGAUACGAUGCCAAACCUGCCGACAGGAUCGUUGGCAGACACGCCGUCACCAGUCCGGGACUUGAUCCACCUCUCUACGUUCCCACCCAGCCACCUCAUAACAAGGCCUUGAAUGGGGCUGAAGGUACGGUACCGCCUGGACGAGUUUACAAGAAGGUAGCGAUCGUCGAGAAUUUCUUCGACAUCAUUCACGCAGUGCACGUCGACCUGGAGGGUCGCCCUGGAAAACAUGCCGGCCAAAAGCGCACGUACCGGACGAUCACCGAAACUUACGCGUUUCUGCCCCGCGAAGCUGUGACCAGAUUUCUCCUCGGAUGUACGGAGUGCCAACGACGCCCCAGGACGCCGAGCCCGACAAAUCUCUCCGCCCAGUCGCAGACGACGCCCUUGGCGACGUCCGCGACGCCACCGAGUCCGACGCCCGCCACCGCCCUAUCAGCGUCUCCGGUCCAGACGAGCCAAAGACCCAGGGAAGCGAGCCACGCCCCGGAAGGGAAAAGUCUAUUCAAUUACAGGCACCCGAAGCACCCGAAGGACAAGCCGGAGCAGGAUACGAGCGCUGCUGGGAGGACCGGCGUCAAGGACAAGGAGGAGAAGUACAAUCCGCUGAGUAUCUCGAACCUCCUCAAGAAGGAUCCUCCGGUCGUCGGGUUCCCCACCGCUACCACGAUCACGACCACGACCACGUCGACGGAGAGCCUCGCCGAGUCCCGGCGAACCCCGGAGUCCGACAGAGCGAGUUCCCGGAGCUCGGCGUCCUCGAAGAGGCGGCGGAUGCUUCCGGAGGGUCGGACGCCGUCCCCGCCGCCCUCGGCGCCCUUGGCGCGACCUUGGAGUCCUAGUAUCGACCCGAAGGACACCCCCAUCGACUACAGCCUGCCCAUCACCACCACCUACUUGAAGCACCAGCAGAGGCUACUCGCCGAGAAGACCAAGCUCGCCUCGAAGACGGUCGAAGGACCGGCCGAGGACGACGCUCAGGUAGCGAAUAACGUCGACACCGAAGCGCUGGAGAGGGAGAGGUUCUCCCCGGCUGCCGGGCUCAUUGACACCAACCUCAACCUCCUCGCCACCAUUCAACAUCUUCACUGCCAGGUGAUGCUUGCUCUUACCGAGAGGCUCAGACCCGCCGUUGUCCCUUCCUCCCUCGCCCUGCCGCAGGCGUCCUCCAUACUCGCAUCCUCGAUGCUGCAUCCCGGGAUCUCGAUUCCUUCUAUCAUAAACCAAAAUCAUUCCUGAGUUUGCCUUCAAGUCACACCCUACGGUUAAUUCGACGGAGAGGUUCUGAAUCAGUGUAUUCCGGUACCUGCUUCGGAUCGUUUCCUUUUUUUCUUUGUAAAUUUCAGGACAGAAGGUUUCUCCCUUUAGCGAGUUUCUCGAUCGUAUCUUUCAUCAUAGGUUGAAUUUCGCAUCUGGUAUAGUGUAACAAUUAUAUGCAAAACGUGUCAAGUUUUAAUUUACUUAU